UAAAGAGCAUCGUCUCGGAAUAACGUCUAUCAGUGAGUAUCGCGUUGUUUUCCCAUACACAGUUUAAAAUACACGGGACACCGUACAACUCGAUCAGCAUGCUGAAGUUUCAGGUAAUAUGCAUUUUCUGUGCAACGAUUGCAUUCUGCAAGGCGGUGGUCCUAAGUGGAUACAACGGAGGCCAUGGACUUUCGUACAGCGAUUACGAGGCUUACGAAGGAUACCCGCAAUCAGCUGAAUACGACGGACACGCGGUGCUACCAACGGUAGCAGUUCCGGUUCACGCGGUGUCCGCUUCCCCUGUACACCUGAGCGCAGCUCUUGAUCAUGGAUCUCAGGGUUACGAUCACCAUGGUGAUCAUGAUCAUGACUAUUAUGCUCAUCCAAAGUACACGUUCAAUUAUGGUGUCCACGAUCCCCAUACCGGGGAUGUGAAGACCCAACACGAGGUACGCGACGGAGACGUCGUCCACGGUUCGUACAGCGUCAACGAACCUGACGGAACUGUCAGGAUCGUCGAAUACACAGCCGAUGACCACAAUGGGUUCAAUGCUGUGGUGAAGAAAGUUGGACCAGCUGUUCAUCCGAAACCUGUACCCGUCGCGAAGUACGUCUCGCCAGCGUAUUACAACAGUUACGAGGACUACGAGAAACACUAUUAAACAUAUGCCUAAUUAACAGAGAAAAUUAACCCUUUGUCUUGUGUUCGAAUGUGCAAAUACGAUUCCUCCAAAUCAGAUGGAAAAUUUUCAAUUAUUAUUACCUGCGUUCAAAUAUUUUGCAAUUUAUUUCAAUUUUCAAUAGAUAACAAAUAGUUCCUAUACUUUUUUUUUAUAUAAUUUAGAAAUUUAUAAUUUCUUGUAAAUAGUGGUUGAUCACUGAGAAGAUGGUUAAGGCAAGGGGUUAAUUUUGAGAGAGGGUGAAAAUGAUACAGGGUCAGAUCGAGGUAGAAGGUGAAGGAUCGAGGGUCUAUUUAAACGAACACGUUGAUGAUCGAUGACGAUAUAUCAAUUAUGAUUGUAAAAUGAUAUUCAAUUUCAAGGAAUUGGAUCAUUCGUCGAACAUUUGCGUGUUGGAAUUUGGAGUUGCAAUUGACUUGCAACGUUCCACUGCGAUUUUUAAUUGAAUAUUUAUAGAAUAUAUAGAUACUUUGAAGAAUACGAUCGUUCUAUUUGCGAAGUUAUGUACGAUAUACUCAGCUGCUAGUGUGAAAUACCUGAUCUCCGGAGAAACUUGGAUUCGAAAGAAACGAUAUGCAUGUGCAAAUUCGCGAUUCUUUGAUUAACAACGGGAUUAUGGAAAUGAGUAUCUACUUCAUUAACCGGUAGAAAGUGGCGGGGAGGAGAAAAACUGCGUAUUACCGAUCCUACUUUCCAUUUCCUUCCAUUCGAUGAUUAUUAUUAAAAUUUUGGUGCUUAAAAGUGUAAGAAAAUUAAAGGAAGUAAAAUGUUGCGUUUAUCGCUUAUUCUCGAAUUACAGAUCGCACACGGUACAAUAGAAAUAUAAUUUAAUAGAGCUGUUAGUUAAUUGAGCUAUUUAGAUACGGAAGAUAACGGAGGAAAUUGUUACCAGUCAAUCUUUCGUGAAUUAGAACGAUUCAACUAGUUUCAUAACUUUCUCCUUUGUAAAGUAUCAUUACUCAACACCAUGCUGUAUAUGUAAAUAAGAAAUAAAAAAAAAA